UCCGCUAAAAUUUUCAUCAACAGAAUCCUAUCUUCCCUCGCCAGCCAAGCAAAGCAAAAACUAGAAACGAGCAGCAAAGCCAAACCCUUCCGGCGACAACAUCGCCAUCUUCCCGCCGCCGUAAUCCGGCUCAUAUGACCCGAACCGGUGAUAUAAAACCUAAUUCAGACGGCGAAACCGACACCAUAAAAACAUCGCCACCAAGAGGCAGGGAAGGUACUUCAGGCAUGAGACUCGUUGUACCCUUACAAGGUGUAGUUCAAGGCAGAGGCGGCCUUAUUUUAGGUUCACUCAUUCCUUGUGCUCUUUUCUACUUCCUCCAGUUCUACUUAAAACGACACCGAACUAAGCCGUCUUCUUCUUCUUCUAAUCCUCCGUCACCGUCAACGUCAUCGCCGAACCUCGCCGAGUUACCACGGUCGUCUUCCCGUUUGAAUCUGUCAACUCGUGGUUCAAUUGGUUGCGUCUUUUUAUCGUCAAGGGCUAGUUUGGUUGCUGCACCGAAUGAUUCCCCGUAUUACAUUGGCAUGGAUAGGUUCCGAGCGGAUCCAUACCAUGAAUUGGAUAAUCCAGACGGGAUUAUUGAUCUGGGGCUAGCAGAAAAUAGGUUGUCGCUAGAUUUAAUAGAGAAGUGGCUUUCAAGCAAUUUGAACGAUUCCAUGCUUGGAAGAGGUGGUGACAGAUUGAAUAUCAAUGGACUUCUUACGUACCAGCCGCAUGAUGGAUUGACUGAGCUGAAAGUGGCCAUAGCAGGCUUCAUGUCUCAGGUCAUGGGAGAAAAAGCGUCAUUUGAUCCAUCACGAAUGGUGUUAACAUCUGGUGCAACUCCAGCCAUUGAGCUUCUGUGCUUUUGUUUGGCUGACCAUGGGAAUGCUUUGCUUGUUCCCACACCCUAUUAUCCUGGGUUUGAUAGGGACAUAAGAUGGAGAACUGGCAUAGAUCUAAUACCUGUUCACUGUCGUAGCUCCGAUGCCUUCCUAGUGAACAUCACUGCUCUUGAUCAAGCAUUUAGUCAGGCAAGAAAGCGAGGGCAAAAGGUCCGUGGAAUACUUAUCUCAAACCCGUCGAACCCUGUAGGGAACAUACUGAGUAGGGAAAUGCUACAUAGUCUCUUAGAUUUUGCGAGGGAGAAGAACAUCCAUGUAAUAUCAGAUGAAAUAUUUGCUGGAUCUAAUUACGGUAGUGAAGAGUUUGUAAGCAUGGCUGAAAUUCUUGAUGAAGAGGACCCUGACAGGGACAGGGUUCAUAUAAUAUAUGGAUUAUCCAAAGACCUUUCUCUUCCAGGGUUUAGGCUCGGUGUUCUGUAUUCCUUCAAUGAAAAUGUUGUGGCUGCAUCUAAAAAGUUGACAAGAUUUUGUUCCGCUUCAGCACCAACACAGAGGCUAUUAGUUGCAAUGCUUUCAGAUGCUGGGUUCAUCCAGGAUUAUGUGAGAACAAACAGAGAGAGAUUGCGAAAAGUGUUUGACUUAUUUGUGGCAGGUCUAAAACAAUUUGGCAUCGAAUGCAUGAACAGCAGUGCAGGUCUGUAUUGUUGGGUUAAUAUGAGCAGUUUGAUUUGCCCUUAUAAUGAAAAGGGAGAGCUUGAGCUGUGGGAGAAGCUCUUGAAUGUAGCUAAGAUAAACGUGACUCCAGGGUCAGCUUGCCAUUGUAUUGAACCUGGAUGGUUCAGAUGUUGUUUUAGUACGUUAGCAGAAAAGGACAUUCCUGUAGUUAUGGAACGGAUACGUAAAGUUGUUGAGCGUAGGUAGGCCCCCAGCUUAAAUGUUUAUAGCUUUAAAAUAGGAUUGCCUCUGUUAGUUAUAUCAUCUAUUUCUGAGAA